AGCUUCCACAAGCCAGACGGGUUCUCAGGCUUCUUUUCCUCCCUUUCUCCGUUUCAUCGUCUCCGAAUCCUGUCAUUAUGGCGGACUCAGAAACUGACGGCCUGCGGAGCACCUUUCCCUCUUACAUGGCGGAGGGCGAGCGGCUCUAUCUAUGCGGGGAGUUCGCUAAAGCCGCCCAUAGCUUCAGCAACGCUCUUCACCUUCAGAAUGGAGAUAAGAACUGCUUGGUUGCCCGAUCCAAGUGCUUUCUCAAGAUGGGGGAGUUGGAGAAAUCCCUGGCGGAUGCUGAGGCUUCACUCCAGGGUGACCCGACUUUCUGCAAGGGGAUUUUACAAAAGGCUGAGACCCUGUACACCAUGGGAGACUUUGAAUUUGCCUUGGUGUUCUAUCAUCGAGGCUACAAGCUGAGGCCUGAUCGGGAAUUCAAAGUGGGAAUUCAGAAAGCCCAGGAAGCCAUCAACAACUCAGUGGGAAGUCCCUCCUCUAUUAAGCUGGAGAACAAAGGAGACUUGUUCUUCUUAAGCAAGCAGGCUGAGCGUAUGCAAGCCCAGCAGAAGCCACAUCCCGUGAGACAGCUCUUACACCACCCCAAGACAAAGUCCAAGCGGAAGAGUUCACUUAAGAGUGAGAAGAUUGUCUGCCAGCUCCUGGGCGAGCUCUACGUGGACAAGGAGUAUCUGGAGAAGCUCUUGUUGGAUGAAGACCUGAUCAAAGGCACCAUCAAGCGUGGCCUGACUGUGGAGGACUUCAUCAUGAUGGGCAUCAACUACCUGGACAUGCGCAGUGACUUCUGGAGGCAGCAGAAGCCCAUCUACGCCAGGGAGCGGGACCGGAAGCUGAUGCAAGAGAAGUGGUUGCGGGACCACAAACGCCGUCCGUCGCAGACAGCCCGCUACAUCCUGAAGAGCCUGGAGGACAUUGACGUGUUGCUGACCAGCGGCAGUGCUGAAGGCAGCCUUCAAAAAGCUGAGAAAGUGCUGAAGAAGGUGCUGGAAUGGAACAAAGAAGAGGUGCCCAACAAGGAUGAGCUGGUGGGAAACUUGUACAGCUGCAUUGGGAAUGCCCAGAUUGAGAUGGGGCAGAUGGUGGCAGCCCUGCAGAGCCACAAGAAGGACCUGGAGAUCGCCAAGGAACAUGAUCUUCCUGAUGCCAAGUCGAGGGCCCUGGACAACAUUGGCAGGGUUUUUGCCCGAGUUGGGAAAUUCCAGCAAGCCAUUGACACGUGGGAAGAGAAGAUCCCUCUGGCCAAAACCACCCUGGAGAAGACCUGGCUGUUCCAUGAGAUUGGCCGUUGCUACUUGGAGCUGGACCAGGCCUGGCAGGCCCAGAAUUAUGGCGAGAAGUCCCAGCAGUAUGCCGAGGAAGAAGGGGACAUCGAGUGGCAGCUGAACGCCAGCAUUCUGGUGGCACAGGCACAAGUGAAGCUGAGAGACUUCGAGUCAGCCGUGAACAACUUCGAGAAGGCCCUGGAGAGAGCGAAGCUGGUUCAUAACAACGAGGCGCAGCAGGCCAUCAUCAGUGCCUUGGACGAUGCCAACAAGGGCAUCAUCGAAGAGCUGAAGAAAACCGACUACAAGGAGAUACUCAAAUAUAAGGAGAAAGAAGAUGCCACUGUGUUGGAUAGUACAGCAGUGAUGGCAAAGGAGAAAGAAACAACGAGGGUGAAAGAUGAACCUGAAAAGGUGAUGAAGCAGUGGGAAGCAGAGCAAAUCGAGAGUGAGAAAGAGAUCGAAGAUGACUUGUCUAAGGAAACUCUGGGGAUCACAGCUGGUAGACAAGAAGAAGAUAGGCAGAGAGGAGAAACAGAAAAAGCCAGCUCCUUAAGGAGAACAGAAGAGGCAAUGAUGGGGAGACAUUCAGGAGACAUUGCCAAAAGACAGCCUGGAGAAGUAGGUGUAAGAUUGGGAGAAGGAGGCAAGAAACUAUCAGAAGUGAGCAGAAGGGAAUCAGGAGAUAUUUGUAGGAGGCCUUCAGAACUGGACCAAAAGCCCUCAGAAGAAUUAAGCACAAACGAAUCGGAAGGACUUGAGAAGAGACUUUCAGAAACCGGCAGAAGAGAGUCAGAAGAACUUGGGAAAACAGAAUCGGGAGAAAUAGGAGAAAUGGAAAAAACAGAAAAUACUGAAAAAAUGGAAAAAGAUGAAAGGGAAGGUGAAUGAAGCCAUCAUUACUAAGCAUUAGGAUCAGGGGGCUGGUGUUCACAGGGACCAUGGAGAGAUCUUAUUAAACUGGAACUUCAAGCUGAGAUUUGUCUCCAAAAGGAAGAAAUGUGGACUGGGCCCCACAGAUCGAUCUCCAUCUCUAUUACUGUUUUCCCUUUAAAUAUGCAUCUUUCAGUCUUACAAA